ACCGGGACACAGCGACAAAUGGCACUCAUGGCAGGGAUUUUGUUGACGGCGACUUCCUUUCUGUUUGGGAUUUCUACCUUUGUUUCGCCGGCGCGGAUAUACCCACCGAAUGAAGUCACAUUACUGGAUUCCAGAUCUGUACAGGGGGAGCUGGGCUGGGUCGCCAACCCAACAGAGGGAGGGUGGGAGGAAGUGAGCAUCAUGGACGAGAAGAACAUCCCCAUCCGGACGUACCAGGUGUGUAAUGUCAUGGAGCCAAACCAGAACAACUGGCUCCGCACUGACUGGAUCCCCCGUGGUGGUGCCCAGCGUGUUUACAUUGAGAUCAAGUUUACCCUGCGAGACUGCAAUAGCCUGCCGGGGGUCAUGGGAACCUGCAAGGAAACCUUUAACCUUUACUACUACGAGUCCAACAAUGACAGAGAGCGCUACAUCCGUGAGAACCAGUUUGGGAAGAUCGACACGAUCGCCGCCGACGAGAGCUUCACCCAGGUGGACAUCGGAGAUCGCAUCAUGAAGCUGAACACGGAGGUCCGUGAUGUGGGGGCCCUGACCCGGAAGGGCUUCUACUUGGCAUUUCAGGAUGUUGGAGCGUGCAUCGCGCUGGUAUCGGUUAGGGUCUUCUACAAGAAAUGUCCGCUAGCAGUCCGUAACUUGGCCCAGUUUCCCGAUACCAUCACUGGAGCCGAUACUUCCUCGCUUGUGGAAGUUCGUGGCUCCUGUGUGGAUAAUUCUGAGGAGAAGGAGGUUCCCAAGAUGUACUGUGGAGCUGAUGGAGAGUGGCUGGUGCCCAUUGGGAACUGCCUGUGUAAUCCUGGAUAUGAGGAGCGCAAUGCGGAGUGCCAAGCCUGCAAAAUUGGCUACUAUCGUGCCCUGGCAACAGAUGGCUCUUGUUCGAAGUGUCCCCUCCAUAGCUACUCAGUGAGAGAGGGCUCCACAUCCUGUGCUUGUGACAAGGGAUACUUCCGCUCCGAGACAGACCCAGCGUCAAUGCCCUGCACUCGUAAGCCAGUGAUGAUUAUCACAGAGUACAUGGAGAAUGGAUCACUUGAUGCAUUCCUGAGGAAGAACGACGGGCGCUUCACGGUGAUCCAACUGGUGGGCAUCUUGCGUGGCAUCGCCUCGGGCAUGAAGUACCUGUCAGACAUGAGCUACGUCCACCGUGAUCUGGCAGCUCGUAAUAUUCUGGUCAACAGCAACCUGGUGUGUAAAGUGUCCGACUUCGGCAUGUCACGUGUCCUGGAGGACGACCCUGAGGCAGCCUACACCACUAGGGGAGGGAAGAUCCCCAUUCGCUGGACUGCCCCAGAGGCCAUCGCCUACAGGAAGUUCACCUCAGCCAGCGAUGUUUGGAGUUACGGCAUUGUCAUGUGGGAAGUGAUGUCAUAUGGCGAGCGGCCAUAUUGGGACAUGAGUAAUCAGGAUGUGAUCAAGGCUAUUGAUGAGGGCUACCGGCUGCCACCGCCCAUGGACUGCCCCGUGGCCCUCCACCAGCUGAUGCUCGACUGCUGGCAGAGAGAAAGAGCUGACCGGCCCAAAUUCGGACAGAUUGUCAACAUGCUGGACAAGCUCAUCCGCAACCCCAACAGCCUGAAGAGGACCGGGGGAGAGACAACUCCAAGGCCCAACACCACCUUGCUAGAGCCAGGGAGCCCUGAGGCGUCCUCGGCCGUGGGUUCGGUGGAGGACUGGCUGCAGGCUAUCGGCAUGGAGAGAUACAACGACAACUUCACCGCUGCCGGCUACACCACCCCUGAAGCCGUGGUCCAUAUGACACAGGAAGACAUGGCUCGCAUCGGCAUCUCCUCGGCAGCACAUCAGAACAAGAUUCUGAGCAGCGUCCAGGGAAUGCUGUCCCAAAUGCAACAGAUGCAAGGCAGAAUGGUCCCUGUCUGAGAGAUUUAUUAGACGACGAUGACGACGGAAAAACAAAAAAAAACAACAAAAAAACAAAAAGGAAAAAAAACAACAAACAAAACAAAACGACUUCAUUUCUUAUGAAAAAAAAUAUAAAAACAAAAAAGAUAAAAUAUAAGAGACAUAUAAACUAUGAAGUAAUAGUUUACCUCAUACAUGCACUUUAAAUUGGAUCUACAUGAAAAAGAAGAAGAAAAAAAGAGUGGUGAAAACGGCACUUUUGUAAAAUCAGACCUUUACCUUGCCCUUUUGUUGUGGAAAAUGGGAUAUUUCUGUCUGUGAGUCGGGGGACGGAUGGACAGACGGGACGCAAAAGUGCUUCCGAGAGGCCGAUCUGGAGUGCCUUUAGUGGUUUGGAAGGAAUCAAAGGAGGGGUAAAGUAACUCUCCUCCUGGGCAAAGUGUUUUUUUUUCUGGAACUUUCUUUCUGGAAUAACCCGCGGAGCAGAUAUUUUUAAUUUCCUGUGACUGUGUUUAUUGUAUAUGAAUUGUUUCUGUGGGAAUCGCAGGCCGCCCGGGCCACCAUUGUUCUCUCUCAGCUGGAUCUAUUUGAUGUCCGACUGACAAAAUGGAGGAUCCCGAUGCUCAGAUAUAAACAAUGAAUCUGUGAGACGUCGAGGAUUGGAUGACGAGGAGCGAGGGAGGAGAGGGAGUCCUGCAGGGAGGGCUUACUGCGAGGUGGUUCUGUGUUUUUACUCUUUUCUGGUCUUGUUUUCUUCCCAAAAUUAUGUAUUUGGUUGCCCUUAAGACAUCACCAGGAAUGUCUUGGAUCUUCCAGAGGGGGAUUUCAACCUGUUCUUCCCAUAGUUGCUCUCCACACACCCUCUUGCACCACUCUGAACGUUUCCAUUUUGAAUCUUCCAUCCAUCUCCCAGCCAUCUGUAUAAAAAGCCUACGCAUUUUUUGAUGGACAGCUUAUGUUGGACCGGUUGAAAUGGCUUCUUAAAAUUUUGGACGUGGAAGUGAGGGGGAUGAAGUUUCAUCGGGCCAAAGCGGAAAACAAUGAAAGCGUCGCGGAUAGUACGUCAUAAAUCAACAUCAUCGUCAAUUUUCCCAUGAAAAAACUAAUGAAAAAACACUUGGAGGAGGUUAUUCAAGCCAUUGUCACGCUGCUGUCAUCCAUCUCAAACAGGAUCCCCGUUAGGCUCACCAUGACCAGAAUUCCUCCUCCUGCUCCUCCUCUUCCCCCCUCCCCCCCAUUUUUUUUCCUUCGUCUGCCCCUCCUCUCUCCUUGGACUCCCCUCCGACACUAAGAGGAGAAAUCCAUCUCAAUGCGUCUGGGAUGUUCACAGCAACCAUCGCGCCACAUCCACCUGUCGAAUUAGCAACUAGUGCUCCCCAGCCAUCCGACAACCUACUGGAAACACUAUGAAUGAUUUAACAACAACAACAACAACAACAACAACAACAAAAAAGAAACAAUAACAAGAAUGUAAUAUAAUCUAAAAACCCUGCUCCAGUGGAUAAUGUACUUGUAUUUUUUUGGAAAUGUUCAUUUUAUUUUGUGUUUUUUUUGUUUUGUUUUUUUUACAUGUUUUUUUGUUUGCUCGUUUGUUUUGUUUUGCAUGUAUAGUAACAAGCGUUUUAUUCAAUUGUACGAAUGUGUCUUAAGGUUGCACGGCGUGCGUGCGUGUAUGGGUGUGCGUGCGUGUAUGGGUGUGUUUAACCGUAUGACUGACAAGCGUGUUCAAGUACUAUCAGUAAUGGUGUCUGCUUCCAUGCCACCGCGGUGGCAGAGAUGACAGAACUGUCUUUGUUUCCGGAAGAAGAUAAAAACAAAACAUGUAUCCCUGGACUUUGCUUUUGUGUCGUCUUAAUGGGUGCAAGGUGUGUCGCUUCCAUCGUGCAAGCUCUGCUCAGAAACAGCAUUCACUAGCAGCGUUCUCCCGCGGCUGCUUCCAGUCAGUGCAGCCGGCUGCGGACGCGGACAUGCGGGUGCAGACUGUGACAGUAACCCGCUGCUCAUACAACCGGACACACACACACACACACACACACACACACACACACACACACACACACACACACACACACACACACACACACACACACACACACACACGGGACAGUCGACACGACGAGACCGCGAGCUCACGUGAACUCCCAAGUGGCUGAGACCGUAUCACGUGAUUGGGAUGGAUGGACGGUUGGGUUCGACGCGGCGGUCCCAUGUAAACAACGGCGGACCGGAAACGGGGGACGCGGGCGAGGAGGAAGUAGUCGGCCGUUACUGUUGUUUAGUCCAGAAUGCAUCGUACAACAGUCAGGUUCAACCCAACGGACUUUUUAUCUCUUCUGUUGCUCUUUGGUUGGAAACUCUCCUUCCGGGAAUGUUUUUUUGGGUUUUUGUUUUUCCGGAACUCGCCUUAGGCGCGUCUUCACACGAUACAAGAACACCUCUGCCCUUAAAUAUCAGCGCGACUGCUCUCCGCUUUCAGUGAUGCUUUUCGUUUCGAUAUCUAUGGAAAAAAAGGACCUGUUUGGAAUUAUGCAAGACACAUUGGGAAAGAGAAGGAAACUAGAAUGUACUGUAAAAUACUUUUUUUUCUCCCCCUCCCUUUACUUAAAUGUCGGACGAUUUGAAAAGAAAAGAAAAAAACAAAACAAAAAACUAACAAAUGCAAAAGAUAAUGUUUGUCAUUGUAUGCCUUCCGAUGCCAUAUGAUCUAGCCAUGUAGAUCUAACGUUCGCUCAUUGCUCUUCCGUUCUAUGUCAUCAUGUUUUGUUGUUUUGUUUAUGUUCGUUUGCUUUUGGUCAAGGAAUUCUAGGUACAUGUAACUUAUGUCAUUUAUUUAUGGCCUUUUAUAUCUAGUUUGUAAAUUGAUAGCCUAAGUGAAGAAAAUGAAGGGGUGCCAAAGUGCAUUCUUAUUAAAGUAGAAAUC